UUAACGUAAUCUGGUUGAGAUGGUGAUAGCAGAAGCUUCAAAAUGGACGCUUGGAUAGAUAAACAUGGCGCUCUGGUCGACCACCCAGACGUGGCAACUCCCCCAAGCAAAGAUUUUUACCACAUAUUUGUGACAAGGAAGGAGUUCAUUCUGCGUGUUUGGAAGAUUGUUCCACCAACAAGAGGUGGAGGUCGCAGUGACCCAUUUGAGUUGAAAGAUGAUUAUGCUGACUUCAAGGACGAUGACAAGUUUCACAGUGAGGUACAAAGACUUGCAGGAACCAAUAUGUUGGACUAUCUGACCAAAAUUGCUGAAGGAGAAUUGGAUUACCUGCCCCGGCUCCCAAAAAAAGUGCUCACAAAAAUCAUCCUCAACCUGCAGCUUGAAGAUGUCAGUCACAUGUCCAGGGUGAACAAACAGUUCAGAGAGCUGUGUAACUCUUGUGAAAUCUGGGAGAAUAUCUACCGUAGAUACAGUGAGACUCCAAUAACACCAGAGCUGGAAGAGCUAGCCAAGGAUAAAAGUUGGAAACGUCUCUUCUUCACAAAUAAACUCCAGUUACAGAUGCAGCUUCGUCGUAUGAAGCUGAACCCUGAAGACUUACCUCCUGCGGGAGGAUAUGCCUUCAUCACACAUCAGGAGGAAGAACAGGAACAGCAGUGACUGACAUUUUAGAUUGAAUAGAGAAAAAAAAGGAAACAAGUUUAUAAAAGUAUGAUUCGAGUAAAGUUGUUUAUCGCAAUAUUAAAAAUUGCUUAAAAAAUUUAAGAACUUGACAGUGGAUUUUUUUUUAUAUAGAAAUAUGAAAUGUGCAAUGAUGGAUCAUUUUAUCUGUUGAAAAAAUUGAAACAUCAUUUUUUUAUCUAAAAAAUAACAAAAUAACAUCAAUUUAUGAUUUGAUAGUUUGACAUUACUGAAUUAGUAGAGUAUUGAGGGAUUGGAACUGUGAUAUUCUGUGUUAUGUUUAUUGCAAAAAAAAUAAGUGCUUCAAUACAGGAUUUUCAUUAUAAAAAUCCCUGUAUGUAACGAAGUAGUUGUUAUAUCAAUUACACUAUAUUUACCAUAGCAUAUAUAUAUUUUUCAGUUAUCCAAAAUGGGUGUCACAAAGUGUCUUCCCUGUAUUUAAAUGAUUGAUAAAAAAUGCUAUACACGAACAAAUUUUGUGAUUUAUUAAUUUUCCAUUUAAUAGAAAUAACAUAUGUACCAUUGUACUGUAUGCUUAUUUUUCAUAGUUAAGGCAGAGGGUACCGAAAACUUUUUCAAUAUUAUUACCAUUGUUGUUAUUGUGGAGAAAAAAAAAAUCUUUUCAAAACAUUUAUUCCAAAAAAAAUCACACUUUACCAUGAUAUAUAUAUAUAAUAAUUAUUGUUUGAAAUUUGAAUAUAUGAAAAAAGAAAUGAAAUAAAAAAGAACUAGUAAAAAUUAUAGAGAUAGAACUUUGGACUUUUACAGUACGAUUCCCACACUUUACCGAUGUCACAAUCCAGGUACUAUACAUUCACAGCCUCAAAAUAAGUGCCUAAUUUAUUGGCUACAAAGGAAACACUCAACACUAAAAAAAAAAAAAAAAAA